UUACGUAAUGUAUUACGUAAGUGCAGUGUCGCGUGUCGCGUCUUGUCAUCACCACUAUUCACCAAGCAGGCAUCGGCAUCUCCAGCUGCACUCCGCAACCCAGACAGCUACAGUCCACUUCAAGUGCCGUCAGAACCAGACCAACUACUCGUACUUCAAUCCAUCUGCUUUUUUAUCGAUAAAGAUACCGUUACCGGCCCGAAACAACGUCCCCAUUCGGUGUAAACAAUCCAAUGAACCACAAUGUGUUGAAAUUCGAUGCCAAACCACGGGAAGAGCGGGACUUCAAGGAGAUCUAUCCGGAUCUUGAUGAGCAGCUGCAAUUGCGGGUGUUUGUUCGGGAUUCCCAGCAUCCUGUGGAAGAAGUGUAUCCAGUUGAAAAGUCCCGAACUCCACAGCCACUAGACCUCAAGAAGCCUACCUUCAAGCGAUUGGCCAGGCACGAUUUGAAGCGGGAGGGCACAGGCCCCAAAUUUCCCAAAUAUCUCACGGAAUAUGGCUUCCAAGAGGCAGGCUCCAGGACAAAGUCCACCACGGGAACCACCUACAUCAGACCGUUCCAACUACCAGAAGACCAAAGAAACACAGGCGUAGACUGCAUUGAGAAGUUGAUCGAACGCAAAAAGAACCAGGUGGAGUACGAUAUGGACGAGCAGGACUAUCUUUAUCUCAAGCAACGCAAUGAAUCACCACAGAACAUCAUCAAAGUGACGCCAGAAAUCUUUGAGAUCGCCAUCACCACCUUGGAAAACGAGUGGGCCAAGCUCGAGCACAAGAUGAACUCCAGUGCCCAUUUUGGUGACAGGUACACCGAUAACUCCAACAAAUUAUUAACGUUGGACCUGGCCACCAGCAACGAGAAGUACGGCAACGACGAUGGCAUUGUGCCUGGAUCGCUCUACGACCAAAAGUGUGCUGUGUGCAACGACAGCGACUGUGACAACUCCAACGCAAUUGUUUUCUGUGACGGAUGUGACAUCGCAGUCCACCAGGAGUGCUACGGAAUUGCGUUUAUCCCCGAGGGACAGUGGCUCUGCCGCAAGUGUAUGAUCAACAAAAACAGAGAAACCAACUGUCUCUUCUGUCCCAGCAAGACUGGUGCGUUCAAGCAGUUGGACAACAGUCUCUGGAGCCAUGUGGUGUGUGCGUUGUGGAUCAACGAGCUCUACUUCGCCAAUCCUAUCUACAUGGAGCCUAUCGAGGGCAUGGACGUGAUCCCCAAAAGCAGGUGGAAGCUCGUAUGCUAUCUCUGCAAGCAAAGAAUGGGAGCGUGUAUCCAAUGCUCCAACCGAAAUUGUUUCCAGGCCUACCACGUUACCUGUGCCAAAAGAGCUGGUCUCUAUAUGGAAUAUUCCCAAGGCAUCCAGGGAGCUAUCACCAACAAAUUGACGCUCAAGACUUUCUGCGAGAAGCAUCUGCCUCCCGAGUGGGAUAUUGCGGAGGUGAUUCGAGGCAUCCAGAGAACACGGCUUUUCUUUCACGACAUCAAGAUCUUGAACGACCAGAACGUCAGGCUCAAGAACAGCCAGAAAACCGCCAACAAGCUCAACAUCUUCAAGUGGAAAACAGAAAACAACACCCCCAUAGCCCCCAAGAUGUUCAGUGAUUACUUGUUCGAGUUGAUGGUCAAAUUGAAGGUGGAGCAACAGGUCAGCUUGCCAGGCCAAGAGACCCUCCAGCUCAAGGACUUGAAGAGGUUGCCCAACAGGUCGAAGGAGGAAACUCGAGAAGAGAUCCGCAACAUCAGCAACGAGCUUUGCAGGUACUGGUGCUUGAAGCGGGAGUCCAAGAGGGGUGCGCCUUUGAUCAGGAAGAACAACAACCUCAUGAACUCCAGCUCCAUCGCUACAAGCUCCAUGCUCAACGAGGGCGAAAAUGCUGAUGAAUUUGGCACCAAAGAGUUGGAAGAAAAGGUGGCUAUAGCCAAAUUUUUGGUCGAGGACUUGGACAAGGUGAUCGGCAUGAACUCCGAGUGGAUCCAACGACAGGUGCUAGGCACCGAGGGCGAUCGCAUGGAUUUUGAAAUGAUUAACACCGUUUAUUUUCCACUCACAAAGGUGAUUGAGCAAUUUCUCGUCAGCCUCAACCAGAAGAUGGACUCCACAAAAAUUAUCCGCAACCACCAGUUGAAAGCCGAAGCUGCCAUCGUCAGCUUGAAACAAAUUAUCGACAAAAAUUCCCGUUACGAGUACAAAUCGGUGCAACAGUUUCAAAACGACGUGCAAGGCUUCUACGAGCUGCUAGUCAGGGAGACGAAGAGCAGCCAUAAUAUUGCACGAGCAAUGAAGCGGUGGAUGAAGGAGUUUGACGCCCGAUUGGAGGGGCUCCAGGAGAACGAGCUUCGGCUCCAGCGAGACCUCUCGGAGUUAGCAGGCGCCGCCAACAUCCAGGUUCCGUUUGUAAAGGUGCAUGGCGACCAGAUUGAAUUGCAGCAAUACGAUGCUGCACGGGUUUUACAGGAAAAUGACUUGAGCGAGGUGGAGGACGAGACGUCGCCCGAAACGGAAGCAUUGUUCCAACGAUUAUUGCGAGGCAGGUGAGAUGGAAGCGCUAUUUUUUGGGGGGGCAUGUAAUGAAGAUUCGCCCCAGCAACCGCGUGGGGGAAUCCCCCGUCUGAUUAUAGGGUGCUGCUGCAAUCUAAUCUAGGCUAUGCAUGCUGCUGCAGUGUCGACAUCAUCCUAAUUUUUUUGGGCCAACCUUUAGCUGUACAUGAUACAUACCAGUGGCGUGAGAGUUGGAUCGAGGUCCAGAAGCAGAAAU